GUUGUAGCGAGAAGAACAGAAAAACACAAAAUCUGACUUAGCCUUGAUAAUGUUCUCGUAUUAAAUAGCUUAGCAGUUAACUGUUGGACGAAGUGAAUGCAAAAUGGGUUGUCAAGUAUUGGCUGAUACUGUAGGAAGAAUAAGAGUUUCAAGAAUUCUUCGCUCACCAACUGUCGCUAAUCACUUAAUAAAGAGCCGUUGCAUAAGUUCUGAUAAUUCCACCAAUGGAAAUGGUAUCAAAAAUAGCCUUGUUGUUGGUGUGUAUGCAGGAGAGAACGGCAAUAUUGAAUUGACAAAUGUUGGCAGAAUUGUUAAUCAAAAGACCGAAGGCAGAUUGGCUCAAAGUUUGGCAAUUGGACAAAAGAAAUUCAAAAUUGGAAAAUCAAGAUUACUCUUCAACAUUGACAAAGAUUACCCGGUGAUUGCAGCAGUUUGCCUUGGCAAGAAACUUUUCAAAGCCAACGAUUUGGAAAACGUGAAUGAAACAAAGGAGAAUUUACGACAGGCUUCUGCAGCUGGAGUUAAAGCUCUGCGUGACGUUGAUGCCAGGCAUAUUGAAAUCGAUCCCUGCUCGGACCCCAAAGCGAUGGCCGAGGGAGCGUCGUUGAUGAAGUUCGCCUUCGAAAAACUUAAAGAAGUGGAAAAACAACAGGGAAAUUUGAACAUAAAAGUACAUCAAGCUUCCCAGAGUGUUGAGAAGAAGUGGAAAGAAGGUUUGGUUUGUGGCGAAGGACAAAAUUUUGCAAGAGACUUAAUGGAAACUCCAAGUAAUUUAUUGACUCCGCAUUUCUUCACGAAGAAAGUAAUCGAUAGGUUUUCACGUUUGCAAUCGGUAAAAAUUACUGUCAGGGAGGAGAGCUGGAUCAAAGAAAUGAAAAUGGGUGCAUUUCUCAGCGUCGCGAAAGGAUCUUGUGAAAAACCUUAUCUUUUAGAAAUGAAAUAUUUCGGAUCUUCCAAUGAAGACGAAAGACCUCUUGUCUUGGUCGGGAAAGGAAUUACUUUCGAUAGUGGUGGAAUAUCAAUUAAACCCGCGAUGGGAAUGUCGUUGAUGAAAGGUGAUAUGGGUGGCGCGGCUGCUGUUGUCGGAGCAUUAGAAGCCAUAGCUCGACUGGAGCUACCGCUGAAUGUCAUUACAAUUGUACCGUUGUGCGAGAAUAUGCCUUCGGGGAGCGCGAAUAAACCUGGUGACGUCGUCACUGCCAUGAAUGGUAAAACUAUUGAGAUUGAUAACACAGACGCCGAAGGAAGAUUGAUCCUGGCUGAUGCUCUCACUUAUUCACAGUCAUUUAAUCCACGAACUUUGAUUGACGUUGCAACCUUGACAGGCGCAAUUGACGUUGCGCUGGGUGCUGGUGCGGCUGGUGCUUACACAAAUUCGGAGCAACUAUGGCAACAUUUUAUGAAAGCAGCAUACACGAGCGGUGAUCGAGUGUGGAGAAUGCCGUUAUUUCAACUUUACAAGAAGCAGGUUCAGUCGGACAUUGCCGACUUGCUCAACGUGGGCAAGAAACCUCGUGCUGGAGGCUCCUGCACGGCUGCAGCAUUUUUGAAGGAGUUUGUUAAGAGCAACUGCUGGGCUCACCUUGAUAUUGCGGGCGUCAUGGGGAAUUCUGACGAGGUGCUUUAUCUUGGCAAAGGAAUGUCAGGGAGACCAACACGAACUUUGGUUGAACUGGCUUCGAGAUUGGCGAAGGAUGUGGUAUAUUUUAAGGAUCAAGAUUGUUAAUCUUUAGAUAAGGAUAAUUCAUAUUUGGUGCUUGCGACUAUAAAAUUUGACGAUAUAAAUCGCUCGGUAACUAUCAGUAUUGGGAAACAUAACACAUUCAAAUAUUUUUGGAAGAAUUUUACCAAUCAUAGAUAUUACAGGGCGUAGUAGAAAAACAUA